AUGAAAGGAGUCAUCUUCGAAAAAGCCGGGGCAGAGCCUCAGGUCGUUGACAGUCUUGACAAGCCCAAACCAUCUCCCGACCAGAUCUUGGUCAAGUCCAUCUAUAUGGCGAUCAACCCUGUUGAUUCGCUUAUGAGCAGCUCAGGCAUGCUCGUCACUGGCUGGCCUUUCGUCGUCGGAUGCGAUGCUGCUGGUGUCGUAGUUGAUGUAGGCGCCAACGCUGGCUCCAAGUUCAAGGUUGGCGAUGAGUUCCUUAUGGACGCUGCCUUGACAAUGCCCAAACCGAAGAAUAUCUCGCUCCAGCAAGCAGCUACUCUCGGCGUUGGGACAUAUACAGCAGCGCUGGGCCUAUACAACGGCCUCAAAGUGAAGUUGCCCGAUCUCGACGACCUUCCCGAAGAGAAAGACAGAGACGAGGCAGCAAAGGAUGAUGAAGCUCCAACAGUCGAAGAUGCAACUUCGAAAGCCGGAGCCAAUGAACCAGAGGACUCCCACCAGACAAAGGCCGAACCCGAAAAGGAAGAAGAAUGGAUCGUCGUCCUUGGAGGCGCAAGUAGUGUCGGAAAGUAUGCCAUUCAGCUCGCCCAGGUAGCCGGCUACAGAGUCGCAGCAUCGUGCUCGGCGAGCUCGGCCGAGCUCAUCAAAGACCUCGGCGCCAUCCCCUUCGAUUAUAAGAAACCCCUCGACCACCAAGUCAAGGAAGUAGUGUCCAUCACCUCCAACAAACCCUACAAGAUCUUCGACGCCGCCGCGGCGGGCCACCCACUCGCCAUGGAAAUAUUCAAGCAACUCCCUGAUAGCGACGGUGAGGGUGGUGAGAAGCUGUUCGCAACCACGAAUGACUGGAGCAAGAUCACCGAUUUCCACGGCGGAAAAGCCUACGCCAUCGCCCUAGGACCCAUCGGUCGCGCCGAGGCCAACGAACUGAACGACGACAUCGCCAAAUACGUUCCCCUGAUCGUCGGGCUGGUGGAGAAGGAGCGCGUGCUCCCGAACCCGUAUGAUAUCGUGGGAAAUGGCGGGCUGGAGAGCGUGAUCGAGGCGCUCAAAUACCAGCAGAAAGGUGCCGGCGGCUCAAAUAAAGUGCUGGCAAAGAUCCAGGAUCCAUGA